AGUUUUAUUUUGAAAAGUGUAACCGGAAAGGGUUGAACCUGCUGGAGGGUGAUCAACGGAGUAGGAGGUCUGUGCACAAAUUUAGCUGCUAACUUGAUUGUUUAAUGUAUCGAUGCGACAAAACUGAACCAGUCUGAGGCAUAUCGUGGGGUUUUAAGGAAACAUUCCAUACACAUAGAUUUCCAUUUGCUCGUUAGUUUAGGUGAAAACACUAAAACUACGCUGCGGUGUUAGACAGCUAGCCUGCUAGCUAGCCUAGCUAACAACUUUUCAUUCAUUACUAGUGGUGCACUUUUCUUUGUUGCUAGCUCACUGAGAGCUUCACUCACAACAUUAGCGCGGCUGAAGUUGCUGACAAGUUGUUGUUUUUCUGGUGUCUCAGGGGUGUUAUGUUUUGUCACAGCAGCACGCUUACUAAUGUUAUCACGUUAAUUGAACAAUAAAGUGUAUUUAAAGCGGAUAGUUGACAGUAACACAGCCUGUACGAUCAGCUAGCAUCAUUUCUAACAGGGUUUCAUCACUGUGGCAGCUGUAACGACAUUAAAACAGUAUCAUUUAGUUGAAACUAUUUGACUAUACUGUAUGUUUAGACUGUUUUCAUGCCGCUGAAUUAGGCAUCUUAUUUACCGCUUCCAACGAAGCUCUAAAAUAUGUUGUUUUUUUCCACACAUUAAUGUUAAACUGCGGGCAAAAAUAACAGCCUUCCUAGAAUAACUUAGUCCAGAUCUGAGAAGUCCAAGUGUCGUGGUUCUGGAUCAGCACUUGGUCCAGCAUAGUCUAGAAAAUGGGGAAAUGAUGUGAUAUCGCCCUUUUUCUGCAUUUUGACAAAAUGAACCAAUUCUUCAGCUGUAAUUCUAUUUAUUAUUUAUUUAACCUUUAUUUACCCAAGUAAUAUCCCAUUGAGAUUGAGAACCUCUUUUUCAAGGGAGUCCUGGCCAAGAGGCAGCAAACACAAAAGACAGUUACAUAUUUACAUAAAUAAGACACAAAACUUCAACACAUUAUGAGAAACAAGUGCAUAUUGUGUAAUAUUAAGAGUGUAGCCUCUCUAAGGUGUGUAAAUGCUUUUCGAUUGCAGAAACUAGGGUUCUUACAGGAACCAGGGUCUGACUAUAUACAGGAAUUCUGAUUCUUUCAACUAUGUUUUAUUUUUUUUUUUUUUUGCAUCUUAGGGGAUGUUCUGCAGUGCUACAAAAGAUUCAGGUGUUCAUCUUAUCAGGAAACAAUCAUGCUUAUUAUAAGGCAAUUUACUUUCCAGUUACCCAUUGUUAUGUACUACUCAAUACAGCUUACCUGCUGCUACUUUUCUGUCAGAGAGACUCAGAUCAAGAGCUGCAUGAGUAACUUUAUUUCCAAAAACCAUCCCUGGAUGUCACUGGCCUUUUUUGCAUUAUUUACCCAAGGCUUAAAGAGCCUGAUAUGUUAGCUUCUCUGUUAAGGGUAAGCUCAAAUUAUUACAUGGCUUUAAUGUCAUUAAAAUGCAUUUAAAAGGUGUUUUUUUUUUUCUAAUUAAUGAUUGUACAUCCACUCUGAUAUCUUACAGAUGUUUGUGUGAUCUGUGUCUUGAGUCUCAAUCCUGUAUCUUAACCACAAGGGUGCUUAGGUGCUGUAACUAAGGUGGCAAGUUAUGCAUCUAUCAUAAUAUUUUAACUUUAAAAAUAUAUAUAUAUUUAUGUGUGAACACAGCUUUAACUCACAUGGACUCACUUUGUGUGCUAGCUAGUUGUGCUGUGUGUGCAAACUGCAGUCCAUCUUCUUGUUACUUGUGAAAUGUUGAAGCAAAUAUUAGGGGUGUCCCGAUACAACUUUUUUACUUCCAAUACUAUACCAAUAUUGUAUCCUUCAGUAUCUGCUGAUACUGAUAUUUGUUUGAUUUUGGCACAAAAUUGUGCAUGACAAGUUUUGCACUCAGCUGCAAUGUCUCUUUCAGACUUUAACGAAAAAUACUUCCACACUCCAUCACUCCUACUCCUAGCUAUUUUGUUAGUACCUUAGUACACACUGUUGUUGUGAUUAUGUGGGCUCUGUAUGCUGGAUCAGGGCGCUGCUAGAGAGAGGUGCCAGAGCGGAGUCUGGAAUGGACUGCUUGUCGCAGAGUGGAGAUUUUAGUUGAAGGCUGGGGUUUGUUUUUUUUUGGCUGAUAUCGGAUAUCCGAUAUCAAUAUCGUAUUGGGACAGCCCUAGCAAAUAUAUGAUGUAGUUUCACCUUUCAUAGUAUGUGUUUGAAUAAUCCAUAAGUCUAUAAAUCUACUGUUAUAACAUUUGUGCUUACACAUUAUUCCCUAACUCUAAAAUCCUAAUUUUUCCUUUAUUAUCCAGCUUGUUGUCUCUUGUCCAGCGGUGGAUCAGUGGAGAUGGAAGUGUUGAUGGUCUAUGUGUAAGGAGGAGAGAGCGCCUGUGGUCCUCUUGCUGCACCGCACACUUCCUCAUGGAUUCCUCCAACGAUGACGCUCUGGAUAUCAUCGUCUCCAAUGUGGUGGCAACCUUCAGGACCAGGUGCCACCUCAACCUGCGCACCAUUGCCUUGGAAGGAACCAAUGUCAUCUACAAGCCGGAAGUAGGGGUGAGGAAGACACCAAGCAGUCCACCUUUGCUGCAUUAUCAGGGAUGUAUGUUAGGGGCAGUUGGUGUUAAUUUAGUUUCGACCUCUGUUUUUCAUUUGCAGAAAGUCCUGAUGAAGCUCCGUAAACCCAAGAUCACAGCCUCAAUCUGGUCCUCAGGGAAAAUAAUCUGCACUGGAGCAACAAGGUAGACACUCUCACUUAGCAAGCGCACAAAAUAAAUGGAUAUGCUGGCUGCCAAAAGAUCAUUAUUUUCCUCUGAUGAGAGAAUUAUUGGUUGCGCAUGGCCUCAGCUGUCUGGCCUCAUUAUUGCUGUUGCAGGAUAGUUGGAGCAAGAUUUCCUAUUAACCAAUAAUGCAGCCUCAUUACCAUUUGUCUCACCUGUCUCUUAUACAAUGCCGACACUGGAGCUCACACAGUAAUGACUUUGUUUGUUGGUGCCAUGAACCCACAGUUCCUCUUUCUUUCAUGCUGGCUCUCACUCCUGCUCUCCUCUUUUGUUCAGUGAGGAUGAAGCAAAGCAGGGUGCCCGGAGGUUAGCACGCUGUCUGCAGAAACUGGGCUUCAAGGUACGAAAAAAUCACUCACUGCUGUGGACCUGCAUGAUAUAAGACAAAUUUGUAAUGUGGAAUAACAUUGAUCCAUUUUGCAGUUGUGAUAUUAAGUGAGGUAAGAUACAAAAUGAAAGAAUGCAUGUGAGCUAUUACUCACAGUUUCUAGGCUCUUCUAUCUAAGAUAGAUGAGCCUAGCUUUAACAGAAGGUGUGAUAGCUUGGGCCAGUUUACCCAGGCCUUUAUCCAGUAAUAGGUCAGAACACAGGAUGAGUGAAAAAGCAUAGCUUGUUUACUAAAAAAGUACUUUUUGUUGUUUAUUGUAAUCAAUUCAAACAUUUGCAUUGUGAUCAUUGCUAAUGCUCUGCAGUCAUGCUGGAAAUGUGAUUGAAUGUGCAGCUUGACAUAUACCCAGUCGGGUUACUGACCUCGUUCAAGUUAACCAGAUUUUUUCCAGGUGUUAUUUUUUAGCAUCAAAACCUUUCUCAGUGUUUUGUUCUCCUUGUUCCAACUGUUUUGAAAUGUGUUGCAAAUUUAAAAUGGGCAUAUAUUUUUGAGUUUCAACAUCUAUCAUGUCGUGUUUGGACUAUUUUCAGUAAUCUGUAAGUGAUUUGCAGACCAUCAAAUUCUGUUUUUGUCAACAUUUUACACAGGACUGUUAGCAUACCAACAGUUUAUUUUUCCAGUAUUUCUAAAUAAUCAGAGCAUGAAAUAAACUUCUUGCUUCUUGAGACCUUACAAAUAGGCAUGUCGGCGUUUCUCCUAGUUUCUCAUUUGCUUUAAGAUUUCAACAGUUUUUUAGAAAAAUGAAAUGCUGCUUAGGUUAAAGAUUUAUAAAGCAGAUUGGAUGACAAUGUAAAUGAAACCAACAUGUAGGAAUGCUUGCAGGAGCCAAAUAAGUCUUCUCGUGUAACAUCCCUGAAUGUGUCUGAGUCUUUGUGUGCGUUUCAUUUUUUUUGUCCAAACAGGUGAGGUUUUCAGCCUUCAAAGUGGUGAACGUGCUGGCUGUGUGCUCCAUGCCUUUUGCAAUCCACCUCAUAGACUUCACUAAGAACAACCGACCAAUCGCAAGGUAAAAAAAAGCUCCAUGAUCAGGAUCAUCAUGCUAAUCCAAAUCUAAAGUAUCAUCCACAUGUUAGUCCAGAAUCUCAAAUUGCAUAAGUUUAUGAAUAAUCGCACCGAUCGUAACAUUUUUUUUAAAAAACAAUUUUAUUAACAGUGAGAACAGAACUAUUUACAGUCAGCAAACAUGUCUACAUUGUUAUUUGCAUCGCAUGAAAAAAAAAUAUUGAUAAAACCAAAAUAUUGACAUAAAAUAUGAAUGAAGAACAAUUUAAUAAAGUAAGGUUUGAGGGUGAAGUUAGCACAGAAGUUACGCAGUUGGAAUUUCCAUACUUUUCCAUACCCUACUUUUUAGAAUUAUUUUUGGAAAUACAUAGUUUUCUAUAUCAGAAAACAGUAUUUUAGAUCUGGGGUAAUAUUCUGGAAACAUAAAUGUUUUUCUAUACUUUAUUUUUCAUAGUCCAUACUUUUUAAGACCUGGAAAUUGAUCGCAUUUAUUUCCAUACCCGCGUAGGAACCCUGAACUUUUUCCUUCUCCCCAUAGAUGCCCUCCUGCCCCCUCCUACCCAGUCUCUCCUACGUCACAUACACGUCAUAAAUUGAGAUGGGUAGCUCUAUUGGAAAUAUAUACACCCAUGCAGGAAAAGGAGCUUUCUUGGUCUCAUUGUGCUGGCAUUUUUAAAUAGGAAAUGACAUAUGCCCAUACAAUAAGAAACUCCUUCAUUCUCAGUUUGAGUUUUGCUGUGACCACUUUUCUGGCUAUUACUAGAAGCAUAUGCAACGAAAUUGACCUACUGUUUUUUCCAUAGUCCCCUUAGGGAUCAGACCUAUAAUAAAGUACAGUGGAUCUAUGGGUAAAUCAAUGUUCAGUAUUGAGAGGAUUUCUGUGUGAAACCCGUUCCAAAAGAAUUUCAUUUUUGGGCAAUCCCAAAAAAUAUGUUUGUAAUCUCCAACCUGUUUGCAGUCUCUCCAGCAUAAAUUUGAUUUGUUUUAAUCAUGUUUUGACACAAUUACCAGUGUCCUAAAAAAAUCUCAUUUUCACUCUCCAAUUAAAUUCCUUCCAUGAUGGACUAUUUGUUACUUUGUGACCCUUUUCGCACACCUCCUCCCAUUCUUCCUCUUCAAUAGUAACAUCCGUUUUUAAAUCCCAUCCGUCUUUUAGUUCAAGAGAGUUUCCUGUUAAAUGUGUUUGUAGAUUCGUUACUACUUUUCAAGCCCUUUUUUUCCUAUCAUAGUAAUCUACUAUUGAUCUUUUUUUUUUUUCUUGAGAUUUUUGUUUUCCUGGGAUACACAUUACAAUAAGUCAAUAGAGCGAAGAUAUUGAUUUCUGACCUCUUCCUUUGUAUUUUUUCUUGUUAUAUUUUAACUCACAUAAAGUUUGAAAUAGUAGAACCGGAUAAAAACGUCUUGUUGCAGCAGUCUGUUAGUUUUCCCUGAAGUUUUGCGUGAGACCAGUUGAUGUUUUACCUUGAGCAGUUUAGUAUUUGCAAGGAAAGGGUGCCCUCUAGUGGUGGAAACACAGACCAGUCAGGUUAGCAUGUGUGCACAGGAUGCACCAGUGUGUUUCAGCCUCUGAUUUGUGCAUUUAAAUGAAGUCAAAUAGAAGAUUGAUCCAUCCACUAUGAAGUGGUGCAUCCUUAGAGCUGUAGCUGGAGGUGUUGUUUAACCCUUAGUGGAUGACUCUUGACCAUUUCUUCUUUUGUAUUGUCAGUUAUGAACCAGAACUACAUCCCGCCGCCACGUACAGGAUCAAAAACCUCAAGGCCACUAUUCAGGUGUUCUCUACCGGCAGCAUCACAGUUACAGGUACCUCACUCUCCCAUGUGCACACACACACUUGCUGACCUGUUUCACCCUCCUUUAUGUACAGCUGGGGGUGCAUCAGCUUAAAGGAUUGAGGCCAUGCUUACAUAAUGUCCCCUUAUGGCUUGUAAUAACCAGAAAAGCGGUUUGUAAAUAACCCAAAUCCUUAAGGAAUUUUUACUCAGGGUGAAAUAUUUUUUUGCAUGUCACUCAAUUACCCUAAUCUGACUCAAGUGGAAUUAUUUUGUUCCCUGUACUCUUGUAUCUGCUUUUCUUGUCUUAGAGUUUCUUGCAUUUUUAGUUUUUAUUUCACUCAAAACUUCUUCUUAUGCUCAUCCUCCACUCUCCACCCUCUACUUCCACCCCCCCACUGUCAUCCCAUCGGCUAGGACCAAAUGUGCAGAAUGUGGCCACAGCUGUGGAGCAGGUCUACCCACUACUGUUCGAGUGUCAGAAACCCCUCUGCGAAUAAAAGUGAAAGGUCAGAGACUAAAGAUGUGAAGGAAAGGAGAUGAGGAAGCACCUUUUUCUUGGAUUUACUUACUUGACUUUGACACUCCAAGGCGACAGACUGAAACUCAGUCGAAUGACAGGGUAUGUAUCGGAUUAGAGAGAAAUCUCUGCAGCCCUGGUCAGAGUUAAUGUCUCCUCCCUCUCACAAGGUGUCUAUGUUGUUGAGGAUCAUGUGUAUUUGAGACUGAAAUUGCCUCAGCUUGCAAGGAAACUCUGAAGGAGACUACAUCUUUGAACUGGACUUGCACUGAAGGCCGGUGAUUUUGCAUGGACGCUGAGGGACAAGUUCUCAACAAGCUUAACAUUUUACUGCUUCACAGUGCUGACCAUCGCGAGGAGCCUGUAAGUUAACACCAAGCAACCUCACCUUUAACUUUAUGUGCUUAAUUACAAGACAUCGCCUCUGCUGAUUUCUCUGGAAGAGUGUCCGUCCACAGCCUGUUUAUAGAGGUCAGAGAAUAUCUAAGGCGCGAAAUAUAAAAAAUGUUUCUGCUAAAACAGCUGCGGCGAAAUCACAGACUGAGUUUGAACUGUUACAGAGAGAGAAGCUGGUCCUGAUGCAGGACGCACAAAAUGCAUUAACUUCUCAUUUGAGCGUUUUUGUACUUUUUAAGGUUGUCUGUUCACUUUCAAUUUGCUCUAAUUUCUUUCAGUCGGGUUUAACACGUGUUUUUAUUGAUGAGUAAUAGCUUGAAACAAGAGGCUAACUUAAAAUGUUAAUCUGGUGGAGCAUAAAGAGCAACGCAAGUUGGAUUUUAAAGGUUUGAAUUGCGAAGGAAAAAUUUUAAAGCGUACUUUAAAAAUUUCUAAAUUUUGUCAUAUACAUGUGAAAUAAGUUUUGAAACAAGCUCACAGGCAGAAAAAAGACUAAAAAUGACCAAAAACUGUUUGGAGAAUCGCUGUAAAGGUGUAUUAGAAAUAAACAGAAACUGUUGUAUUAACGUUAAGAACUCACUAUAACAAAAGCGACCUCUUAUACAAAGUUGUAGAUCAGCUGUCACCAUCACUCGGAGAGGUUUGAAGAUAAAUUCAUACACUUUUUAAUACAGUAUAGGACCAUGACAAGUGUUCAUAGAGGCCAGGCUUACAAUAUAACCCCAGUCCCCCCAGUGUUUGCAUAUCAAACCAUUUAAAGAUAAAGAAGAAAAUAACAACAGUGAAAGGUGAAGUUUUUUUUAAUAGGAACCUACUGAAAAGCAACGUAUUUGGAUGUAAAUAGUGAAAGCAGCAAGAGAAGAUGUCAACAAAAACAUGAUAUGUUGUGUCAAGAAUGUGGGAUGGCCUGUGCGAUGCAGAAGUGUGUGGCAUUUGUCCAAAAUUUUGUAUUUUGUAAAAAAAAUAAAAUAAAGGUCAUUCAUGAAACAAGGCA